UCUCUCGUUCUCUCCAUCGCACGCACGCACGCCUGCUCUCUCUUUAUUUCUCUCUUCCUCUCUCCUCUCUCUGCUCGGUCGCUCGCUCCUCUUCUCUCUCAGUCUGCAUCCUGUAGCCCUGCUGUGCAGUCCUCUCUCCUUCUUUCGCUCUCUACAUCGCUCUCUCUGCAGCGCUAUUGGAGAAGAAGUCACUGACACACACACACAAUCUCUUCCUCACACACAGUCUCUUCCUCACACACACACACACACACACACACUUCGUCUCUCUCACACACUCUGUGCGACCAGCCCAGCCAGCAGGCCCGUUUCGGAGCAGGGGAGCCCAGUAGAGACCUAAUCCCAGGAUGGAUGUACUGAUGAGAGGGUUCAGCAUGGCUAAGGAGGGGGUGGUGGCCGCAGCAGAGAAGACUAAGGCUGGGGUGGAGGGGGCAGCCGCCAAGACCAAGGAGGGGGUCAUGUAUGUAGGUUCAAAGACAAAGGAGGGAAUGGACGCAGGAGUAAACAAAGUUGCUAACCGCGACCAGGCAAACAUCGUCGGGGACCCCACUGCUGCCGGAGCUGACCUCUCGCAGGGUGGCAUGGAGAACACCGGACAGGCGGAGGAGCCUCAGCCUGUAUACGAGGCGGAAUAUGGAGGAAUGGAGCAGGGAGGAGAAGGAGAGGGCUCUCAGGGCGGCUACUAGUCAUUCCAGGGAUCUCUUCUCCCCAGCCUUCCGUUUGGUCGCUCGCUACCCUCACCCUGCUGUUCCAGACUUCCAGAUGUUCUACUUCUUUUUUUGUGACUUUAUGGAACCAAAACCGAUACAGACUCUUCCAGAUACCCCCUUUGCCCUCCCUGAUACCCUCUGUUGCUCCUAGCAGCCCCCUUCUGGCCCCCCUCUCCUGUAUAGCUCCCUGCCUUUGUGUCGUUGUCGUCAUGUUGUUCGCCCUAGUGUUAUGUUCUCCCUAUCGCCACCCAGUACUCUAUCAAGAGGCCUGCGCACACACACACACACACACACACACACACACACACACACACACACACAACAAUACACA